GUGGUACAGUCCAGGAACUCAAAACAUUUUGCGGGAAGCUGUGAGGAAACUACGAGCAGCGGAUUGUUUACAAAGUGGAACCUGAUAUUAAAGCUGCAGUUCUUCAACAUGAGUGCCACAAACGGCAGAAGAGCCAAGGCCCCCCCAGAGAGUCAAAAAGCUGCGUCUGUGGAUCAAGCAGAGCCUCCCAACCUGUCUUUCAUAGACAAAGCUUCCUUCAUGGAGGGGCUGCAGCUAAACGAUGGUAACCCUCUGCACAGUACCGCCAUGGAGGAAGAUUUAAACGUCUUAGUGGAGGGACAGAUGGACAAAGGAAAAGCAGGAAGAGGGGACGAUCAUCAGAUGUUGAAGAAGAAACAGCGUGGAGCUGCGGUGAGGAGGGAGGUCACAGAGACGGGAGGCGAGAAAAGGAAGAUAAGUAGGAGAAAUCCUGCAGAGAAGUUCAAAGCCAGACCUGAGAAAGGAGCAAAAGGGAAGAAAAAAAAGGGAGAACCUGAACCGGAAGUCCCCGCCACUGCUGAGUCUGACACCAGCGUCACCCCCCACACAAGCACCAAACCUCCCCCAAAGGCCAACAUUCGCAGACAAGUAAUUGCGAAGAGGAGGAGUGCUGGAAAGACCUCUGCAUCGAGGCCAUUGAAAAAGCAGCAGAUGAAGGACAUGAAGAGAAAGAAUGAAUCAGACCGUGGAAACUCCAUUGACUCUGAAUCACAGCAGGAAUCGAACACAGGCCAGCACAGCCGUAGUAGAGUCCUGUCCUCUGAUGAGGAGGUGGACGAAGGCACAUAUUGGAAGCCAAGUCCAAAGAAGGCCAGAGUAUUUAAUUUGGGCAAAAGCAGAAAGUCUUCACCUGUUCGGUCCCAACCCAGAAAGUCUUCAUCAGGCAGCGCAUCUGCAGUAGCUGAUAGUUCCAGCACCGAUAAACAGCGGAGCAAGAGACGUGGUCGUCAGGCAACAACAGAUUUAGAGGUGGUGCUGGAUGCCUUCCUCGAUUUCUGUGACGAGUACAGAGAUGUUUCUCCGGUAGCAGUAGCUGUAGCUAACUCCAAGCCCGGUGCUACCGUGGAGAAUGUCCAGUGGCAGAAUACUCACGGGAGGAGACCCGAGGGGAGGGGGAGGGAGAGCGUGGCGAGAGCAAAACACUUGAACCUGCCGUGCGAAUCACCGUUCACCGUGGACUCCGACGCUGUCUUCUCGCUAAGACUCACCAGCCGUCCUCCGGUUCUUCCUGACUUGCAGCUUUUCAGUUUGUUUCGAAAACUUCUCACCGGCUACUACUCUGCGCUGCCGUCUUCUCCUUGCAACUUUUCUCUGCCGGAAGUCCCGCCCCCCUCACGCUCUCCAUACAUGUUGUCUCUUCCCAUUGGUCCAAACGGCGCCCCGCCCUCUAACUCACCACCCAAGGCCCCUGGUCUCCACCCACUUCUGACUGUGCGCUAG